AUGCUGCAGUCUCUAUCUCGCUCUGCGACCGCCCGCCGGGCACUCGCCACUGCGGCGCGCUCGAGCCAGACGACGAUGACGCGGACCACCGUUCAGAUGCGGACGUUUAUCGUGCCGACGGUGGCGCGACGGGCCGACUUUGUCCAGGAGCUGUACCUCAAGGAGCUCAAGGCCUACAAGGUGCCGGCUGUGAAGCCAGAGGAUGCCAAGGGCCAGGUUGCCACGUUUGCGCUGCCGAAGACGCCUGCGUCGCCCGAGGAGGCCGACCUGGCCAGCAGCCUGCAGGAGUACGAGACCAUGGCCGUCGAGGUCGAGGGCCAGGAAGGCCCGGCCGACGGUUCUGCCGUCGCUGCCCCGCGCGCGCUGACGAAUGACCGGACACGCGAGCCACGCUCGAUGCGGAAACACCUCUCACCAUGA